AUGGGAGUUACUCGAAACGUAGAAUGGAGGAAAAAUCAGCUACGAUAACUUAAAAAAGGGAUUCAAGAAAUGACUUUUUAGAUGACUGAGGCUGUAAAAAAAGAUUUAGGGAAAUCAGCCUUUGUUACUUGCUUAACCUUCUUAUUUGAAUCAUUUCAAAUUUUAUAAGUUAUUGGACUGAAAUAACAUCAAUUUAUCCAUUUCGUCAAAGUUGUCAAUUUAGAUACCCCUUUACAAUUUUCACCAAGUAGCACUAAAAUUAUAUAUGAACCACUUGGAGUAGUAUUAAUAUAUGGGUCCUGGAACUAUCCUUUUGUUGUAACUCUGAAACCCCUUUACUAAGCAAUAGCUUCAGGCAAUUGUGCCCUUAUAAAGCCAUCUGAGCUUGCUCCUCACUCUAGUGCUGUUAUCAAGCUUUUAGUUUAGAGAUAUCUCGAUGAAUCAUGUUAUGACGUCAUUGAAGGAGGACCAGAGGUUGCUGUUGAAGUUUAAAAACACAAAUUCGAUUUGAUAUGCUUUACUGGAUCAUCACAAAAAGGAAAAUUAGUUGCAACUGGUGGUAAAUGUCCAGCUGUUGUAGAUGAAUCAGCAAAUAUAGAUUUAGCCGCAGCUAAAAUUUCAUUUGCUAGGUUUAACAACUCUGGAUAGACUUGCAUUGCAACAGACUAUGUACUUGUUCAUGACUCAAUAUAGGAUAUAUUUAUCAAAGCAUUAAAGAAUAAGCUUGACUACUAAUAUGGUUACGACCAAAAUGGAAAUCCAUGGAUGGGAAAAGUAGUUACUGAAUGGCAUUGUGAAAGACUUUAGAAUUUAAUUGAGACUUCACAAGGGGAAAUAGUCUGUGGAGGAAAAGUGAAAAAGGACUUAAAGUUUGUUGAGCCUACUAUAAUUGUAAAUCCUAAAAGCGAUUCUGCAAUUAUGGAAGAGGAGAUUUUCGGACCUUUACUACCCGUAAUUACUUACAGAAAUAUUGAUGAAGUCAUAAACUUUAUCAACCAAAAGGACAAGCCAUUGGCUCUGUAUUACUUUGGAAAGUAUUUCAGAAAUGAAAAUAGAGAUAAACUGGUGAGAGAGACGAGUAGUGGAUCGUUUGUGCAGAAUGAUGUGCUUAUUCACAUGCUUAACCAUGAAUUCGGAUUUGGAGGAGUAGGUUUCAGUGGAUAUGGAAGAUACGGUGGGUAUGAGGGAUUCAAAUGCUGGUCGAACCCAAAGAGUGUCAUGUACAGACCAGCGCUUAAUUUUAAGCCAUUAAAUUCAUUCUCUCCACCAUUUGAUCUUUAAAAAUAAAGACUACUGAGAAAACUUUUGAAAAUUAAAGGCUCUUAGACUAAAGUGAUUGGUUUUACUAUAGCAUUUUUAGUAAUUGCUAUUGUAGCUAUUAUUGUUGGAGUUCUCAAUCAGGAGAUUCACUCAGUUAUUAAGGAUGGUUGUAGAGAAAUUUUAGACUGA